CGCAGGCGCAUUCGCUGGUUCUCUGCGGGCGCCAAUUCCGGAGAACAGAGGCUGGCUACAAAGACAUAAUCAAGUUUUCAUUGUUUUGAAGCACAGCAUCCAUUAAAAUCCUCUCAGGCUCCUAACUGCAGGGAUGGUGACAUCGCUUUGAAGGAGGAGACAAGUGACUGACUUUCGAGGAAGCAUGGAGAGCUGGUCGUGGAUGGCAGUCGUGGUCUUACUAGGACUCACGGUGCGGUGGACGGUCUCUCUCAGUUCCUAUUCAGGUGCUGGGAAGCCGCCUAUGUUUGGAGAUUAUGAAGCCCAGAGGCACUGGCAGGAAAUUACCCUUAACUUACCAGCCAAACAGUGGUAUUUUAACAGUAGUGAUAACAAUUUACUGUACUGGGGAUUGGAUUACCCACCUCUUACGGCCUAUCAUAGCCUCUUAUGUGCAUAUGUGGCAAAGUUUAUAAACCCAGACUGGGUUGCUCUCCACACAUCACGAGGCUAUGAGAGUCAGGCACACAAGCUCUUCAUGCGUGCCACAGUUCUUGCUGCUGAUUUGCUCAUUUACGUACCUGCGGUGCUUUUGUACUGUUACUCCUUAAAAGAAAUCUCACCUAAGAGAAAGAUUGCUAGUGCGUUAUGCAUAUUGCUGUACCCAGGUCUUAUUCUUAUCGACUAUGGACAUUUUCAAUAUAAUUCUGUGAGUCUUGGCUUUGCUUUGUGGGGUGUUCUUGGAGUAUCUUGUGACUGGGACCUGCUAGGGUCAUUGGCAUUUUGCUUAGCUCUAAAUUAUAAACAGAUGGAACUUUACCACUCCCUACCAUUUUUUUGCUUUUUACUUGGCAAGUGUUAUAAAAAAGGCCUCAAGGGAAAGGGGUUUGCACUGUUCAUUAGGAUAGCCUGUACUGUCCUGGCUUCUUUCCUUCUGUGUUGGCUGCCGUUCUUGACAGAAAGGGAGCAUGCCCUGCAGGUUGUAAGAAGACUCUUCCCUGUUGACCGUGGGUUGUUUGAGGAUAAAGUAGCCAAUAUUUGGUGCAGCCUUAAUGUUUUUCUGAAGAUUAAGGACACUUUGCCCCGUCACAUCCAGAUAGCAAUCAGCUUUUGCUUUACAUUUUUGAGCUUGCUUCCUGCAUGCAUAAAGUUGACAGUUCAGCCCUCUUCUAAAGGAUUCAGAUUUACUCUGGUUAGCUGUGCGCUAUCAUUCUUUCUGUUUUCUUUCCAAGUACACGAAAAGUCCAUUCUCUUGGUAUCAUUACCAGUUUGCUUAGUUUUAACUGAAAUUCCUUUCAUGUCAACCUGGUUUUUACUAGUUUCAACAUUUAGCAUGCUGCCUCUUCUAUUAAAGGAUGAACUCCUGCUGCCCUCGGUUGUGACAGUGAUGGCAUUUGUAAUAGCUUGUGGCACUUUCUUUCCAAUGUUGGAAAACACUUCCGAAGAACAACUGCAGCUGAAGUCCUUUGCUGCCUCUGUAAGGAGGCACCUUCCAGGCUUUACGUUUCUGCCCAGAAUUAUGCAGUGUUUGUUUCUUUCUUCAGUCAUCACCAUGGUCCUCCUGACGAUUUUGAGUGUAACACUGGACCCUCCUCAGAAAUUACCAGACUUGUUUUCUGUACUUAUAUGCUUUGUGUCCUGUGUAAACUUUGUAUUCUUCUUGGUAUACUUUAAUAUUGUAAUCAUGUGGGAUUCCAAAAAUGGAAGAAAUCGGAAGAAAAUCGACUAGCUACAUUCCCAAGCAAAUGCAAUCUUUUUGUUAUGUAUAAGUGAACAUAAUCAUCUUUAGAAUCAUGGAAUUACAGGAAAUGAAAUGGUGAAAGGGCAUUGUUAGCUACACAAAAUGUAUACAAGGACCAAAGCAUUUGUCUUCUUAGCAUUUUUUUUUUUUUUUGGUAAAGCAUACUGUAAUUUUGGUAAUAUUCACAGAUAUUUAAAUGGUAAAACGAGAAAAUAAUUGUCCCAUCUGGUCGUAGUAGCUCACAUUUGCAAUCCCAGUACCAGGAGGUAGAGGCAGGGCUUCCGAAGCUAUGUGAGGCCCCUGUCUCAACAAAAGGGAAAGAGAAAAAAAUGUCCUCAACGCCAAUAGCUAAUAAUGGAAUGUAUUCUAUAAAUUGUAACUUUAAAAAAACUAUAUAUUUUAUAUAUAGUUUUAAAAUGACCAGUCAGAAUGCAGACAGAGCCAGGCCUGCUGGUACACAUUGGGCAUCUUAGCAUUUGGUAGCUACAAGCAGGAAGAACAUGAGUUUGAGACUAGCCGAGCUACAUAAAAUCCUGUUUUAAAAAACAAAACAAAGUCAGACAAAGUUUGUUUUAAUAAAUUUAAAAUGCGUUUAUUGGAAGAAUUAAGCACCUGACUUGUAUGGAUACAAGUAGUAAGCAACUCAUUUAGAAGUUGUAUCCUGGGUGGAAGAGAUGUUUUAGCAGUUAGAGCAGUGGCUGCUCUUCAGAGGACCUGAAUUCAAUUUCCAGCAAUCACAU